UACCGACGCCUAUUGAGGGGGAACUCGCAGCACAAAGUCACAUCGCGUCCCGGUGUGUUUAACACGUUUUCAUUUGUAAUUUUAGCGAAAAUUUGCCUUUUUUUUUCGUUUCUCCAGCGGCUUCGGCGCCCCGUGAGAUCCGCCGCUGGCAGCGGUUUCUUUCCUCCGCACACGUCCAACUUUACGCGCCGGCUGGUGCGCACUGACCUGCCGGAGCGCUGCUGUCACCGAUACCCGAUUGUGUCUCUUCUGCAUGCCUUGGCUCCAGUCCGGCUGUGAUGGAGACAUUGCUGAGUUAAAGCUCAGGCGCAAAGGUUUCAUUUGGAGAUCUCUACCAAAGCCUGCGUCUCUGUCAAGUUGGUAACUGGACUUCUUAACUACUGAGAAACAAGACACAACAAGACUCGCCGCUUCUGUUUCAAAGGUUUUCCUGGUCUACUCAUAAAAUAGAAAAUAAAAAAGGAACAUUUUCCUUCAGAGACUGUAAAAAAGCCUGAGGAUCCACGAUGAGCAAACCUGCCGGUUCAACAAGUGGCUGUUUGGAUAUUCUGAACGUCAAAUCAAGUCGGAUUCUGGACAUCCCCUGCAAAGUGUGCGGCGAUCGCAGCUCCGGGAAACACUACGGUGUUUACGCAUGCGACGGCUGCUCGGGAUUCUUCAAGAGGAGCAUCCGGAGGAACCGAACCUAUGUGUGCAAGUCGGGCUCACAGGGUGGCUGUCCCGUUGACAAAACUCACAGGAACCAAUGCCGAGCUUGUCGUUUGAAAAAGUGUCUGGAAGUGAACAUGAAUAAAGACGCCGUCCAGCAUGAAAGGGGGCCCAGGACGUCCACCAUCCGCAAACAAGUCGCCCUUUAUUUCCGGGGCCAUAAAGAGGUGAACGGCUCCUCGACCCACUUCCCGGGAUCCUCGCUGCCCGGACCUCCUUUCUUCACCACCGUCACGCAACUGGAUCCCCACAACCUGGAGAUGAGCUCAGUGGCCACCACGCCAGAAAGACAGGCCAUCGUGGGUUUAGCGCAACCCACCCCCAAGUAUCCCCAUGAGGUCAACGGCACCCCCAUGUACCUGUACGAGGUGGCCACAGAGUCUGUGUGCGAGUCUGCAGCACGCCUCCUAUUCAUGAGCAUCAAGUGGGCCAAAAGUGUUCCCGCAUUCUCCACCCUGCCUUUAUCUGAUCAGCUGAUUCUGUUGGAGGAUGCCUGGAGGGAGUUGUUUGUUCUGGGCAUCGCUCAGUGGGCAAUUCCUGUGGAUUCCACUACUCUUCUUGCUGUCUCUGGUAUGAACACAGAAAACACAGAGUCUCAGCGGAUGAACAAGAUCAUAUCGGAGAUCCAGGCACUUCAAGAGGUCGUCACCAGAUUCCGACAGAUGCGCCUCGACGCAACAGAGUUCGCCUGUUUGAAAUGCAUCGUAACAUUCAAAGCAGUACCUACGCAAGGCAGCACUGAAUUAAGAAGUUUCCGCAAUGGCAGUGCUAUCGCUGCACUACAAGAUGAAGCACAGCUCACACUUAACAGCUACAUCCACACCAGGUACCCAACUCAGCCCUGCCGUUUCGGGAAGCUGCUGUUGCUCCUCCCAGCACUCCGCUCCGUCAGCCCCUCCACCAUAGAGGAAGUGUUCUUCAAAAAGACCAUUGGGAAUGUUCCCAUUACCAGGCUUCUCUCCGACAUGUACAAAUCCAGUGAUAUAUGAACUCUUUAACUGUCCAGAGGUGUGGGAAAAGACUAAGAGAUCCAACCAGGUCACGACAGAAGGUCAAAUCAAUGUAGGUGCAGCAGGCGUGGGUUGAAGUUUUUGCAAAGCACAAAAUCUUUGCGGCUGACUUAGACUGUCUUCUAUGAGCCUUUAGGCUGCACACUGAAAUAAAGACUUCAACACAGCUGGAUCGCCUAUUAACCGUUGCACUAGUCAAGGAUUAGGUUCUAAAAACUGCAGCUUACAGUAUUUAAAUGUCGCCUUAAGACUCUGAAAGAGCGCCUGCCAAGUUCAUUUUAAACAGAAAUGCUGUACAUCACGAUGUCUUGCGAGUGUCUUUGAGACCAAUAAGCUUGACGACCCAUUUAAUCUUGUAAUUGCUGUGUUCAAGCCAAGUGGAGGAAACCAAAAAUAUGCCCCAACAGUGAGAGGGUUCAAGUCACUGUUCCUCGAUCCAGUGCUGAAACCAAAUGCACAAAAGGGGCAACGAUGAAGAAGUCCUGGCUCCACGAAGACAAAUGACUGAGAUGAAUGUAGUAAAAUUAUUGAAGGAUGUCAUUUCAGUGGCUGCUGUCCUGUUUGUGUGAAAGUGUCCUGUUUUCAGAUGCAGCAGCUUUCCAAAAAAAAAAAAAAAAAAGUGUUUAGGUCAGCUUUGUGAAGACAGACACUAACAUUGGAUAAAAUAAUAUUCAGCACUUGGAAAUGUUCUGUUGUGGCCUGUGUUGUUUUUAGUUUGCUGUACAUAUCUUGAGUUAUAACUAUUUAGAGUUGUAACAAAAAGAAUAAAAGAGAUGAAGCUUGAA